UAAAAAUCUCUUUCUCCCUUCUCUGUUUCUAGUUUCUUUCACCCCGUGCCUCCUUCUUUGUAGGCUGUACACAACACCAGAAACUUCAAAAGCCAAAAAAAAAAAAAGCAUCACCCCUUUCCCAUCCUAAUAAUCAUUGCCGACGAUGAAUGUUGAACCCCAGAAUUCUGAAGCAGAGAGCAGCUCAAACUCAUUCUCCUCGCCGCCAACUUCACCAUCAUCACCCCCUUCAAGCAGGGCUCUUAAAAAAUCAGUCUCACAGGGUGAGUCUCAGGGCCCAGAAUCAAAAAAGAUAAAACGCAUUCGAGACUCCAAUAAACAUCCUGUGUAUCGUGGGGUCCGUAUGCGUAGCUGGGGCAAAUGGGUUUCUGAAAUUCGCGAGCCACGCAAAAAAUCUCGCAUAUGGCUGGGUACAUUCUCAACCCCUGAAAUGGCCGCAAGGGCACACGACGUCGCUGCUCUGAGCAUCAAAGGGAACUCCGCCAUUCUCAAUUUCCCUGAACUAGCAAGCUCGCUGCCCCGCCCCGCCUCUGUCUCUCCGCGCGAUAUUCAGGCAGCCGCAGCAAAAGCCGCUCAAAUGGAUCAGUUUGACUCGCCAUCGUCAUCGUCCGCCUCGUUAUUGUCAUCUUCAUCUUCCAUGACCUCGUUGGUUUCGGCAAGGGAAAUGUGCAGUGGUUCGGAGGAAUUGAGCGAGAUCAUAGAGUUGCCGAGCUUGGAAACAAGUGAGGAGACGCGUGAGUUUAGGAAUGAGUUUGUGUUCAUGGACUCUUUAUCGGAUGGGUGGAUGGAUCAAUCACCAUGGUUACAGAGCAUGGAAGAUUGUGACGGGUACAUCGCUGAUCAGCUAGCAGUGCCAGCAGAGAGUGGAAUCAUAAAUAACCUCGAUAGUUUGCUCUGGAAUUACUGAGUGCCCUGUUUUUUUCCUUCUUCUUUCUGAAUGGUUGUGGUAUAUCUCUCUGGUUUUCUUUCUUUGUGUGCUAUGCCCUUGUGGUUUUUCAUCGAGGGGGGCUGCAACACAACACUGUCGUGUCUCUGUAUUUUCUGCGUUUUCUUUGGGAUUGCCUGCUCAUGCCUCCCUCCUUUUGUUAGAAUUGUAAAGGGUUAGGAAUAAAACGAAGGGGGAAUGUCAAUGAUUUUCUAUACCCGUUCCAGAAAUUUCAUUACGCCCGGCUACAUCCUUGGAAACUUGAAACCCUCAUCCGUGAGAUGAAAGCUACAUGCUUGGAAGAAAGAAGAAAGUAUCCACUGAAGAGGGAACGAUCGGAAAAACAAACACGGGAAUCUUGAUCAUAUCGUUGUUGACUAAAAGCUUAAUUUCCAAAAGUCGCCUCUCUCUUGACACACAGUUUUCUUUACGUUAAACAGAAUAUUACCAUUGUCAACGCAGAACAGAGCCCUGUGGGUAGGUUGAAUCGUCUAAGGUUAUACUCUUAAUUAAGGAAGAAGAGAUCCUUCUUCCUUUCUCCCAGUUAUGAGGAAUGAGAAGCUAAGUUUUGGUUAUGGCUGAUGCAAGAGAUGGUGAUGAGUGGGGGCCCAGCAUGUGUGUAUACGUGACAAUGAGCAUCCCCAUUUAUCCAUUCAUCUGUACCUGUACGGGUUGGUUAAAAGGAGGGGGGGGGGAAGAA